AACCGAUGAUUGAAAUCAAGUCGAUUGAUUUCAGUUUCCUUCUUUUGUAUUGUUUUAUUUUUGAGCAAUACUUACGAUACUGACAUCGCCCAGAGGUAUAAUGGAACUUAGUUAGUCGUCGGCCAGAACAGACUCGGAAAACAUGGCUGGCAUUUGCCCCCGGGAGGCGGUUCGGGUGAAAGUGAAGAAAUGCGAACCCACUGCUCGGCCGGAGUGGCGGAAGUUUUCAGUGGACCCGCAGAUCACAACGCUGGAGGUUCUGUACUCCCUGCUGGCCAAGGCCUUCGAUGUCAAGUCGGACUUCUCCAUUAAGUACAAGGCCUUUGAUCCGGCGGGCAACGAGAUCUACCUGGCCGUACGCUCGGACUGGGAUCUGGAUGCCGCUUUUCUGAGGAUUCACAACAUUUCCAUUCAGACGGCCUCAGAACCUUGCCUCACCCUGCAGAUCGAUGUGAAGCCGUUUACGGUGGUCAGGGAGUGUGAGACCGAGGCCUCCCCGGGUAGAUCCAUAUCGGGAGCGCCUGCUCCCGCAACUCCUACACCUUUUGUACCCGCCCGCGAGCUUAUGUCACCACUGCAGUCCUUAGGAGUCUCCCAGAAAUAUGUCCAGCACAUGCAGACUAAACUGGGAAGCUCCAUUCUGAAUCAGAUGGAGAAAACCUUCUCCAUAGUGCAGAAAGCGUUUAACUUAUCCGAGGAGCAUAUGGCCAACCUACCGCCGAGGCCGCCCAUGUGCGACAGCGAGUUUCGGCUCUUUUUGGACGCACUGGGUCAGAUUCAACGCAAGGACGAGUUGCAUAGGGUCAUCUUCCUAGGAGGCAUUGACCCCAGUCUGCGGCGCGUUGUGUGGAAACAUCUGCUAAACGUUUAUCCCGGUGGCGCUAACGGCCUGGCACUUGAUGGACACCAGCGUAUGGAGUUCAUGCGACGAAAGUCUGAGCAGUACUGUCGUCUGAGAGACACAUGGAAAGCGGCCGUGAAGCGAGGGAGUGUGGCUGGCGAAUUGGCUUACGUAACCAGCAUGGUGAAGAAGGAUGUUCUGCGCACGGACCGCCUGCAUCCAUUUUAUGCAGGCAGCGACGACAAUCAGAACAUCGCUGCGCUUUUCAAUAUCCUCACCACAUAUGCACUAAACCAUCCAUCGGUCUCGUAUUGUCAAGGCAUGUCGGACAUUGCUUCCCCGCUACUGGUUACUAUGAACGACGAGGCACAGGCCUACAUCUGCUUUUGUGCUAUAAUGUCACGUAUGCGUGGAAACUUCAUGCUGGAUGGAAUUGCAAUGACUCAGAAAUUUGCUCACCUAACGGAGGCGCUAAGUUUUUACGAUCCGGAGUUCUGGGAGUACCUCAAGUCGCAGCAGGCGGACGACCUACUUUUCUGUUACCGUUGGCUGCUGCUGGAGCUAAAGCGGGAGUUUCCCUUUGAGGAUGCCCUUCGCAUGCUGGAGGUGCAGUGGAGUUCACUUCGUUAUCGAUGUGAUGGGGAGAAAGAGAUGCCGCUCUUUGAAAAGGAAUUCGUACCCAUUACUGAUACCUCCGUACCCAAUAGCGUCAGCACAUUUUCCAGCUCUUACAGCGCUACGCCGAACAGUCCUUCCUAUCUGCUGACCAAACCGCGUGAAAGUCCCUACACCAAAGUAUGCGCUUUGCGCCGUCAGAGCUCUUCAGCCUCCUUGAGCUCACUAAGUUCUUCGGUGGGAAACAGUCACGCAUUGGACAAUACAAAACGGCUGAAUCACAGCCUGGACGACAAUAUGUCGCGUCAUGCGACAGCCGCUGCUCGCCGCCACAGACGGACUUCGGCCAAGGUCCAUCAAAGUCUGGACGAUUCGAAAAUGCUGGCGCUGAUCGAGGGCGCUUUGGAUAAUAAGAAUGUCAAGUUGGAGCAAAACUUGUCCGCCGGCGAGGAGACCGAAGAUGAUGAUGUAUUUGAUAGGAAGGAGUCGCCAAGCUUUUUGGAGACAAAUCCGUUUAAGGAUGAUGCUCAGAGAGCACCAGAAAGAGAAACCACGCCUCCUGUUUCACCAGGACGAGCCUUUCUGUGUAGUUCGUCUUCCUCGAAUCUGGACGAGGACCCCAGUGACAGGAAGGCUAAGCUGCAGCACAAAAAUAUUAUGACCGUGAGCAAUAUCAUCGCCAAACAGCUAGCUACUAAUGCUAGUCAAGUGAGUGAAAGUAUGAAGCGAGUAAGCACCUCCAGUGGAGGCCAUUUUAAGGAUCUCAAGGAAAAGCUGGCGGCCAGCAGUCGUAUUGGUAUCUCUUUUGAUGGGGAAGGAGAAGAUGAUGGAGAUCGGAAGAUGCCGCCAAAGCUUCCGCAACAAACAUCCGGUCCAACUCCGGUUACUAAGCCCGUGGUUCAGCUAACCAAGAGUGGGAUGGGCAGCUCCCUGGACGAAUCUGAUUCUUCCUCACUUCCGGAAACCAGUUGGAGCGCUUCCACGGCUGCGACGGCAAUUCAGCAGGCACAGGAACUGAGCAGCUACAAUCUACAGCUAGAUUUGGAAAGCAAUCACCCAUGCGACCCCGACGAUUCAAACACACCGGAUCAAGAUCCCGACCAAGAGUACUACCCCAUGACGACGGCCAUAACUCGUGAGCUGCGCCUAGAGGCCGAGAAUCUAGAUCGACAAGUUUUUGGACUGCCUUUUACGGAGAGCGAGAAACGGGAUGACAUCGAGUACGAGAAGCUGGACAAGGACGCCCUGGACUUAGUGGAGGAUCUCAAGGAGAACGAAAUCAUAACCUGUCCCGAUGUCAGUGAGCUACAUAUGCGUCGUCGACAGCGACUGGCGGCUAAGAGUAAUAGCGUUCAGCAAAACGAGUCGCAUGCCUUUAAUCCAUUCAUCGACGAAAGCCAACUUAUGGACGGACACAGUCCAUUGGGAAUGCGCAACAGCAACAGUUUGCCCGAAGUCAUCCUGCCUAUUUCCACUGAGCCCAGUCUAGUGGAGGUUUCGCCCUUGGUGGAGAUCGCCACGAAUGCAGAUGACGAGAGCGCCUAUACGAGAUCCCCCCAGCGUUCAACCCAUCUUAAUGGAGUCAGUGGAGUAAACACCACUGCGGCCGCAUUGCCUCCACCUACAGAAUUCGGUGGAGGUAAUGCAUUCCUCAUGUUUCUCUGUCUCACACUUUUGCUACAGCACCGAAACACAAUCAUGAAGGCAGGCAUGGACUACAACGAGAUUGCCAUGCACUUUGAUAAAAUGGUGAGGAAACACGACGUCACUCGGGUCCUCAAUCAGGCCAGGCGUAUGUUCGUGGACUACCUCAAGGCACAAAGCAGCCCACAGCGCCAGAGAUCGCCCAGCGGGCCUGUCUCCACUGGUUCCACGGGUGCGAGCCUGCCUGCAUCAAUGCCUGCUUAAGGGACUUGUAAUCCUACCCCGCUUCCAUGAAACCUUAGUGUUAUCACAGCUUGGCAAGUAUGAGUUACUGAAAUUUCACAAAUAUUCGUUGAGUGUGUUUUGCAGAACUUCUUCUCCAUUUUAAGCGAACAAGAAACCCAUUACAUUAAACAAAUUUAUCAUCUUGGCAUUAAAAAAACAUUUACUCCAAGGUAACCCUUUACCCUCGAAGCACGAAUUUUUCCUUUAAGUUUUGACAUUUAAUGAAAGUGCAGCUCUUGAUGUAACCAUAAACUCAUAGUCGAUGGCUCAGAUUUGUCUUGCUAAAGGUGGACGGCAAAAUGUAUUACCAAAGUCUUCUUUUUUGAUUUUAUACUUUCUUAUUUUGAAUUAAGGUUUUAUUUAUAUUUAAUUACAUAUUUAUUGCACCUUUGCCAAACGAUCAAAUGCGAGCUGUUUGGCUGAAAAUUGCUUUAUUUCUCUAGUCUGCUAAUGCAUUCCAUGCUGUUGUAAAAACUAUAUUUUAGAUUUAAAAUCGCGCCUAAAUACUAAUUUAUGCAAAUAAAUUGACGGAUCUAUAACCCAAAUAACCAUAAUCUUAUUAUCUCAAACGUUCUGUAUCUUAAAAAUCUCUCAACGUACUCUGAAAACAAAAUAAAGUAAAAUUCGAAGUAAAGUUAACGAAUAUGCUAUGUAAAUUUACGAAAAAAAAA